GAGGCGGAAGUGAAGCGGAAGUGGCCUUGGGAAAGCGCCGGGAGUGAGCGGCUGGAGUCAUGGAAGAAUGAGCGCGCCCCCUGCCCUGCUGCUCUAGGGCGCCAUGGAGACCGUGCAGCUGCGCAACCCGCGCCGGCAGCUGAAGAAAUUAGAUGAAGAUAGUUUGACUAAGCAGCCAGAAGAAGUAUUUGAUGUCCUGGAGAAGCUGGGAGAAGGAUCCUAUGGCAGUGUAUUCAAAGCUAUUCAUAAAGAAACAGGUCAAGUUGUUGCAAUUAAACAGGUUCCUGUUGAGUCUGACCUGCAGGAGAUCAUAAAGGAAAUAUCCAUAAUGCAGCAAUGUGAUAGUCCCCAUGUAGUCAAGUAUUAUGGCAGCUAUUUUAAGAACACGGACCUCUGGAUAGUCAUGGAGUACUGUGGAGCUGGAUCUGUGUCUGAUAUAAUUCGAUUACGAAAUAAAACAUUGACAGAAGAGGAAAUAGCUACAAUAGUACAAGCAACCCUCAAAGGACUAGAAUAUCUGCAUUUUAUGAGGAAAAUACACAGAGAUAUCAAAGCUGGAAAUAUAUUACUAAAUACAGAAGGACAUGCUAAACUUGCAGAUUUUGGGGUAGCAGGCCAACUUACAGAUACCAUGGCAAAACGGAACACAGUUAUAGGAACCCCAUUUUGGAUGGCUCCAGAAGUGAUCCAAGAAAUAGGGUAUAACUGUGUAGCAGAUAUCUGGUCACUGGGAAUCACUUCAAUAGAAAUGGCUGAAGGAAAACCACCAUAUGCAGAUAUUCAUCCAAUGAGGGCAAUUUUCAUGAUUCCUACAAAUCCUCCUCCAACAUUCCGGAAGCCAGAAGUCUGGUCAGACAACUUUACAGACUUUGUAAAACAGUGUCUUGUGAAAAGUCCUGAACAAAGAGCCACUGCCACACAGCUUCUCCAGCAUCCAUUUGUUAAAAGUGCCAAAGGAGCGUCAAUCCUGCGGGACUUGAUUAAUGAAGCAAUGGAUGUGAAACUGAAACGUCAGGAAGCACAACAGCGUGAAUUGGAUCAAGAUGAUGAGGAAAACUCAGAAGAAGAUGAAACAGAUUCAGGUACCAUGGUCCGGACAAGUGGAGAUGAGACUGGUACUAUAAGAGCUGCCAGUACAAUGAGUGAUGGAGCCAAUACCAUGAUAGAACAUGAUGGAACGCUGGAAUCCCAGCUGGGUACAAUGGUAAUAAAUACGGAAGAAGAGGAAGAAGAGGGGACCAUGAAGAGGAGGGAUGAAACGAUGCAGCCAGCCAAACCAUCAUUCCUGGAAUAUUUUGAACAAAAAGAAAAGGAGAAUCAGAUCAAUAGCUUUGGGAAGAAUGCAUCUGGCCAGACAAAAAAUUCCUCUGAUUGGAAGGUACCACAGGAUGGAGACUACGAAUGUUUAAAGAGCUGGGGCGUAGAGGAACUUCAGAGGAGACUCUCAGCACUCGAUCCCAUGAUGGAACAGGAAAUUGAAGAGAUCCGCCAGAAGUAUCAGUCUAAACGGCAGCCAAUCCUUGAUGCCAUUGAAGCCAAGAAACGUCGGCAACAGAACUUUUGAGAGCGCCACUGGUAGAAUAAAUGUCCACCCUCUGAAACAAUCAGAACCUUGCUUUUAUGACUACUACGCAGAUUGAUUUCUAUUGAAAUGUGUUAGCAAAGUAGGGAGCAAAACUUCUGCUCACUUAUUUUUCCAUAGCACCUUUCUGAACUCAGGAAUGCCAUUAAGUGGGACAUCCUGAUGGAUGGAUAAUGGUAUGUUUUAAUGUUGGAUAUAUUUAAAAUAGAAAAUGUAUUAUUUCAGUUGUUACUGUUUUUAGAUUAAACUUGUUUUAAAUCAGGGGAACAGAUACAAAUAAGACUAAUGUUGGUUCAUUUUCUUAAUGUAACUUUCAGUAGUCCAUUUUCUUCCUUUUGAAUUUAAUAUGUACUGUGGUGUUUAACGGCUGCAUCUCUUUUUUUGGUACAGGCUCAGUUUCAAACAUUUUAACUGUGUCUUACUACUGUUAAGGUACCGUGGAAAGUGUUAGCAAAUUGGAGAGGUCACUGAAAAGAGUAGACAAGAAGAUGCAGAAACUAUUCCCACCUUUGGAAAGGAACAAAUCUUACUUUUAAAAAGCCUGUAAUAAGCCCCAUGCCUUACCCUGUGCGCUUUAAGCAAGUGUUUUUUGAGCCCGUAGUUUUGUCUUGUGUGUACUGUAUAAAUUAAUACUGGUAGACUAAGCAUGUUGCUGUGCUUCUGUCAAAUGCUGUUCUGCAGUUUAAAAGCCUCACUGACUUAAACCAAAAACCAAGCAGAGUUCCAAUGUAAAACAAAGCAGAUGCUCCUUCAUCUGCAUCCUGGGAAAUA